AUGUCGACCGUUUUCCACAUAGGCAAGGGCAAGCACCGCGGCCUUGACGAUGCAUUGCUUCCCAAUACGUCGUCCAUCUCGCUGGACGACGAACAAGCCGAAGCGCUCUUGAAACCCGACGGUUCAGGUUCAGCGGUCCCGUUGGCGAACAGCCAUGAAAUCGAGCCGCUAGGCCUGCCUCAUCAUGAGAAACGGUUCUGGUUCCAAAGAGGUCAAGCAUAUGAUCCCUCUGCUGUUGCAACCCAGCCCAGUGUCUUUGAUGAUCCAGAUACUGCGAAAGAAUAUCAGCCCUUGCCUGAUUGGGAAAACAUCCACCGGUUCGACCCGUCUGCUCGUUGGACAUGGGGCGAAGAACACACAUUGAUCCGCAAGAUCGAUGUGCGGAUCAUGAUAUUUGCCUGCAUCAUGUUCAUGGCGCUUGAGUUGGACCGAGCCAACAUCACGCAGGCAUUGACCGACAAUUUCCUGGAAGAUCUCGGAUUGACAACGAACGACUAUAACCUCGGCAACACGCUGUUCAAGUUCUCCUUUCUCUGUGCUGAAGUGCCUUCACAACUGGUAUCGAAAUGGAUGGGGCCAGACCGCUGGAUACCGAUGCAGAUGGUCCUGUGGUCCGUGGUGGCGGUUUCGCAGUUUCGACUUGCUGGACGGACCUCGUUUCUCGCAUGUCGGUGUUUGUUGGGUAUUUUGCAGGGCGGUUUCAUCCCUGACGUGAUCUUAUAUCUUUCCUACUUUUACAAGCAUCAUGAGCUGUCGCUGCGGCUGGGUUUCUUCUGGACGGCCAUGAGUCUGGCUGACAUUGUUUCCGGCUUCGUCGCUUACGGUGUUCUUCACAUGAGGGGUGUACAUCAUCAAUCUGGCUGGCGCUGGCUGUUUCUCGUCGAGGGUCUCUUGACAAUGAUUAUUGGCAUUUUGGCGUUCGGAAUGAUGCCUGCCUCACCCACACAUACUGCCAGCUGGUUUCGAGGCAGACAAGGCUGGUUCACAAAGAGGGAGGAAAUCAUCAUGGUCAACCGAGUCAUCCGCGAAGACCCCAGUAAAGGCGGCAUGCACAACCGACAAGCAAUCAGCCCGAGUCUGCUAUGGCAGAGUCUGAAAGAUUUCGACCUCUGGCCACUAUACGUCCUCGGCCUGACGUUCCAAAUACCCAUGACUCCACCACAACAAUAUCUCACCUUGUCGCUACGUGGACUUGGAUUCGACACUUUCCAGACUAACUUGCUGGCUAUUCCAUAUACUGCCUUUCACAUGUGCAACAUGAUGCUUGUCACAUACUUGGCCGAAGUAUUCCGAGAGAUCACACUGAUAGCCAUCCUCGGUCAGGUUUGGGCCCUGCCUUUCUUGAUCUAUUUCAACACCGUCGACACGUCGCAGACCAACAAAUGGGUCAUUUGGGCUGUUACAACUGUUUUGCUGAGUUAUCCUUCAGCCCACCCAAUCCAAGUCGGCUGGACCUCACGCAACUCCAACGCCGUCCACUCCCGCACCGUCUCCGCGGCAAUGUAUAACAUGUUUGUCCAGGCUGGGGGAAUAGUUUCGUCCAAUGUUUACCGACAAGACGACGCACCCCACUACCACCGCGGCAACCGCUUUCUGCUGAUCACAGCCCUCAUCAAUAUCUGUCUCUACCUCCUCACCAAGGCAUACUAUAUCUUCCGCAAUGAGCGGCGCGACCGGAAAUGGGGCGCCAUGACGGAUUCUCAAAGGCUGGAGUAUCUUGCUACGACGGACGACAGGGGGAAUAAGAGGUUGGAUUUUAGAUUUGCUCAUUGA